AGAAUUCAUUAAAUGUUCAUUUACCACUCACCUCAACAGUUCAAGAACUCAAGUUAAUCAUCCAGGCAAGACGAAACUUUCCGCUUUCAGAUCAAGAACUAAUAUUUAAUGGACAAAUCUUAAGAGAUCAACUUACUCUUAUUGAAUAUAACAUAAAAGAGUACUCGAUUAUUGAAUUGAACAUUGAAAAUAAUCAUAUACAAAACGAUCAAGAAUAUGAUGAAACGUCAACUCUUGAAAAUGAGACAAUUCAAAGCACAAUUUCUGGAUUAACCGAAGUCGAACAUUCCUCAUUGAUCGCAUACAUCAAUCCGAAUCAAUUACACUCACAAUAUGAUUAUGAUUUCUCUUAUGUCGUUGACCACAAGAAAUUUUAUCGCGGUGGUUUGGAAUAUCACCGUCCAUGCAGCUGGCAACGAUAUGCAUUACGAGUCUUGAAUCAAUAUGAAUCAAAUGAAAAAAAAUAUCUACUUUUUAGAUUAUAUAAAAGUGUAAUUUACAGCGAAGAAUUGAUCCAAAGUCUUGAGGUUCCG